AUGCAGAGACAAUUCAGGGCCCUAAAUUACAAUGGAUCUCCUUCCAUCCAAACAACAUUCUCUGAGGGGCUACGGUCAAAUUCAUCAGCACUUACACAUCAUAUUCGUAUCGAGACAUCAAAAGAGCUUCAAUCUCUACUAUCAGAGGGCAAAGCUACGGAAACACAAAUACGCAGUUGCAGACCUAGACCAAUCAUUCAAGACAGCGUUGCGGCUGCAGAGCUACGCUUUAUGUUGUUUGAGCUUUUACAAGCAGGUGUAUUGAUAUAUUUUGCUCGUGUAUUGUCCGGUAGCAUGGAAGGAGUAUCGAAAGAAAUCGAACUUAUUCUGCGAUUCUUAAUUAGUUCAGUUGCAAUACAAAAGAGCACAACAACGCGAGAUCCUAACAGAACAAGGCAAAUACCCGAAUGGAGCAUUCCUUGGGCUGCGGACGGACAUGCAGUCUGGGCAUAUUUACAAGCGACAAUUGCCGCAAAGCCCGACCAACAGGAGAGUUGUAGAUUGACGCUUCAAAAGUUCAACGAGGUCGUCAAUUGUGGCGCAGUGCGUGUAUACUUGAAUUUGGUGGAAGAGAUUUGGGUACAAAGGAGCAGAUCAGAUGAGAAUAAUUCCACUGAAGCUGAAUCACGUCAAUUAUACCUUCUCAACAAGAUUUGGAAUGAUGUCAUUAAACAAAGAAGAUGGAGACAGCUUCUUAUUUUUUGA